AUGGCUACAGAGGGGGUUUGGCAGAACAUCACUGCCCUGUUCUCCAGUUUGAUCAUCCAGGGUGAUUCGAAAAACCCUUCUGGCUUGUCAGCCUCACGAACCUUGGAAGGUUUCUCACGGCUCCCAGAAACGGUGCGCAUCAAAAUCUGGAGAUAUUCUCUACCUGGCCCACGUCUUGUUCAUAAGGAGCCACCGGCAAUAGAUAAAUUCGUUGUUCUUGGUAUCGCGGAAACAAAAGAGUUGAAUGUUCAAGAUCGAAUUGAAGAUGUCAUGGACACUAGCUACUCUGCCAGGGUUAUAUAUCCAGAUCUGAAGAAGGUUAUCUUCGUUUUGGAGAAAGAUAAAAUCGAAGAGCGACUGGCACAAACCCUUGAGAACAAAGAGAAGAAAAGGAAGAUAUAUGAAGUGCCCAAAGGGAAAUUUGGGGACCGCAUACCUUGGAUCUGCAGGCUCUUUAUGAGUCAAAAUGAGACUCAAAUGUUCCACAUGAGCUCUUGA